GGCUCCUGAGGCCUCGCUGGGCCGGCCCUGCAGCUGGGCCAAGCGCGGCUUUAAAGCAAGGAGCGCAGCCAUGUCAGAACCAGGCCGCUUUCCAGACUAGAAGAGCUGGGCACCCGUAACAGCCGCCUGUUCCACCUGCUGCUGUUUUCACCCUCCAGUUCCACAAUGGCGGAGCUUUUCAUGGAAUGCGAGGAGGAAGAGCUUGAACCCUGGCAACAGAAAGCGAAGCCCAUUGUUGUUGAUGACGACGACGACGAGGAUGACGAUGACGAGCCUAUCUUUGUUGGGGAGUUCUUGAGCUCCAAACCAACCAAUACCUAUAUAUUGAACAGAGUUAAUCCGAAUUCAACACGAAUUGGAGUGCAGAAUGGUGCCCCCAAAAGAGGUGCUGUGGCUGUUUCGCCGGGGUUUCUCUCUUCGGGCAGACCUGCAACAAGCACCCUAGCUGUUCAGCCACAGCCACGCGUCAGCAGCAUCUCAGGAUCAUCUCAGGUCUUGCAGAAGCCACUUUCAGGAUGUUCGUCACCGCAGGAAGGAGCUAAGUCUAGUGCUGGGAUCUCCCAGCCCGUCAGUAUAUCUGCCCCUCCCCAGUCCUUGUCACGGAAUCUCCAUAUUCCUGCGUCAACCCAGUCUACGUCCAGGCCAGUGGCCACCGUAACGGCACAGCCUGUUGCACUGAACCGGGUGACCCCAGAUAGAACUUCAGGCCUGACCUUUGGCGUAAGGCAGAAUUCAGGAGGGUCCCAAUACCAGAGCGGAUCACCCAUGAACACUGCAGGGUUGUCCAAGCGUCCCUCCACUUCUGAAGCCAGUAGUAUCACUCCCAAAAAGGCCAAGGCUAGCGAAACAGGCUCUGAGAGUGAGUCACCUCUCCUGUCCUCUGUUAAACGUCCAGAUGACCUGGUCCUACUUGAAAAAGAUGUUGCUUCAAGUAAUAUUAAGAAUGGAGCCCCUUUUCCACAGGCGUGCCCAAAAUGUAAUAUUCAUUUUAACCUUUUGGAGCCUUUAAAAAAUCAUAUAAAGUAUUGCUGUCCUGAUAUGGUGCACACCUUUUCGGGAAUAACCAAAGCAGACUGCUCAGGUAUAUCACCUAAAAUUGCUGAAGCAGAAACAGGAAAAUUGAUCAUGUUGGUUAAUGACUUCUAUUACGGCAAGCACGAGGGGAACCUCCAGCAGGUGCGUCAGGAGCAGAAGACUCACACCACUUUCAAGUGUUCCAGCUGCAUGAAAGUCCUCAAAAGCAACAUCAGAUUUAUGAACCACAUGAAGCACCAUUUGGAACUUGAGAAACAGAACAGCGAGAGCUGGGAAAGCCACACCACCUGCCAGCACUGCUACCGCCAGUUUCCUACCCCGUUCCAGCUGCAGUGCCACAUUGAAAGCACCCACACGCCUCACGAGUCCUCCACUAUUUGCAAAAUCUGUGAACUCUCUUUUGAAACUGAGCAAGUUCUGCUGCAGCACAUGAAAGACAAUCACAAGCCUGGGGAAAUGCCUUAUGUCUGCCAGGUUUGCAAUUACAGAUCAUCAGCAUUUUCGGAUGUGGAAAAACACUUCAGAUCCGUUCAUGAAAACACAAAAAACCUGCUUUGCCCAUUUUGUCUAAAAGUUAUUAAAAUUGGGGCACCUUACAUGCACCAUUUCAUGAGGCAUCAGAAAAAAGGAAUACAUCGUUGUACCAAAUGUAGACUACAGUUCUUGACCUGCAAAGAAAAACUGGACCACAAAUCUCAGCAUCAUCGGACAUUCAAAAAACCUGUGCAGUUGGAGGGCUUGCCUCCAGGAACCAAAGUUACAAUUAGAGCCUCAUCUGGGUCUCUUCAACCUGCCUCUGUGAUGGCGUCUCCUGUGAGCACAAACACGUCCACCUUGCUGUUGUCUCCUGGAACAAAAGCAGCGAACAGCAAAGCUCAGAACAAGCCGACUGCCAGUUGCAAAGGAAAGGCCAAGCUGAAGCCGCUGAGCGUGCAGAAGAAGCAGGUCCUGGGGAUGAGCAGCAGCGGGGGAAGCAAGAGCCACAGCAGUAGCAGCAGCAGCAGCAGCGGCGGUGGCAGCGGUGGCGGCAAGAAAACCAAUAAGGUUGCAAAUACAGCGCUAAAUAACCUAAGGUGUCUCAAUAUUCAGAAAUGCAUUGAAUGUUGCUCAGACAUCCGGACUUUUGCAAGUCACUUCCCGGCGUAUGUGCGCUGCAGUUUGUGCAGAUAUGCCACCAGUUGCAGUAAAGCUUAUGUGAACCACAUGAUGAGCUUUCAUAGCACUCGCCAAACUAAAAGAUUUUGGAUUUAUAAAACACAUUCAGAUGAACUGAGGGGCACCACUGUGGUUUGUCUUAACUGUGAUUUCUUGACGGAGGAUUCUGGCUUGGACAAGAUGGCCACCCACCUUAAUGAAAGCCAGACUCACACUUGCCAAGUGAUUGUAGAACAAGUUCCAGUGGAUGGCUUCACUGCUGCUGCUGUUUCAGGCCUAGCAAAGGAUGCAUUAUUGAACAAUGAAAUCGAAGAAAAAUCAGAGACGCGUUUGGUGCCCACUGUGUGUGAAGAGCAAGGAGCAGCAGGCAUUUCAGAAAGCCUGCAGAUGAAAGGCUUUGUGAGAGAAACAAAUGCUGAUCUUCCUGGAAAGCAGGACACUGACGCUGCUUUAGCUGCAGACAGUGAAGGAACUAAAAGGCCAGUUCCAGAAAAAAGGUUUAGUUCAGAGCUUGAAGCCUGCUCUAGGAGCCCGGCCCCGGUGGGGAUUGGAAAUCAGCAGGAGGAAAGUGUGCCGGUGGCCAGCUGCGAAGGACAACCAUCGCCUCUUGAAGAAGACAACCCAGUUUCUGGCCUAGAACCUGAAGCCUGCCCAGGAGGAAGCGGCUCUGCCAGCCUUGGGAAGCCGGCGGAUGGAUACCUUUCCAAUGCACAAGAGGAAGGCCCUGCAUUGCUGUUGGCUGCAGCCCCUUCAGAACUCUAUAGCUCCAAAGAUAGUAGCAUAAAGGGUUCUGCACAUCCAGAAAACCCCCGUUUUGUAGCUGCUGAAAGCAAAGCCGGUUUGCCAGUCCCAGAAGAUGCUUGUGCUGAGCAUGACGGGAGCACCGCUGGGUGGGAACUCCCAGUCAGUUCAAGCGAUUCCACAGUGCUGGAAGCAGCAAGGGAUGCAGGUGCUCUGAGAAACAAAAGUGAUGUUGGACUUUUAGUUUGCAGGUGUGAAAGAACCGAAGAUGCCUUUGCUUUAGGAGCGUCAGCUCCUUCAGUCAGUUCUGCAGAUCUUGCAGGUGAAGGAGGUGAGGACAGAAUUGAAGAUUCUGGGGACAAAGCGAUGUCUUUAACUGCACAAUGUGGAGGAAGUAUCUCUGAAUUGGUUGGUGAUGAAUCCUCCAUUGCUGAGCUUUGCACCUUUUCAAAAAACUCUCCGACUGGAAUGGUGAGGUAUCCUCUUGGAAAUCCAGCUGCAGAUGAGCAUGAAGGAAGUCCUUCUUCAUCAGCUGUGCAAAACUGUAUGACUCCAGGUUUGCAAGAAAAUUUGUUGGAGAGCUCUUGUGAAAAGGCAGUUUUUGACAAGCAAGAGGCAGAACCCACCCAGCUUGGAAGCAAUAAAAGCAGUGCUUGUCCAGAGUGGACUGGCUCUGAUGUCCAGGCAAAGGUGGCCAGUUUAGAGGAAGCUCAACUGGCAGAUGUGAACACGGAUUCUACUCUGCUGGCAUCCAAUGAGGAAGAGGUCAGCUUUGAACAGUUCUUGCGAAGAAGGGGAGAGCCCGACUCCGCCCAUUCCGAUGCAAGCGAGCAAGGCAGCAUUCACCUGGAGCCGCUGACUCCCUCCGAGGUGCUCGAGCACGAGGCCACUGAGAUCUUGCAGCAGAAGGGAGGCGUCCCAGCCUCGGCCAAGAAAACCGGGCUCCCUUCUGAGCCAGCUGACCUUUCUUCUGGAAGCAGCAGCCCGAACCAAGAGGACCUACCCAGUAAUCAGGACGAAGCCAGUGAUGAAACCAGCUGAAGGAGGAACACUUUGCCUUGCCAACGCAGACGGUGAAAGAUAAAACAAGCAAGGAAGGGGGGUGCAGCUCGUCCAUUGCAAAUUAGGUAGGGAGGGAGCCCAGAAGAAGCCCGUGACGGUUUACAAUAUGUGGACCCAGAGGAAAAGAUGUUACUGGAUUCAAAGGAAGGGCUCUUACAGAAGCCACAUAUUUUUUUAUUUUUUUUUUGAAAAACGACUAUGUACCAGAAGAACACUCAAAAGGGCUGAGGGUUGCAUUCCCGUCCCAUCAAUGGCAACAGUCUGGAUACCUCUGGAUCAGUGUGAUCUUACAAGAGGCCGAGUUCAACUUAAAACUUUCAGUGAAAGUGGAUGGUUAUAAAUAUACUUGUGAGUUUCCCUGUGUGCAAGCAGAACAAAAUUGUACAUACCUGUUUGUAGGAAAGGUGAGCCCUGGCUCUUCCUUUGGGGCAGUCACGCUUUUCUUCUUUCUGUUAACGGCAGGCCCAGAAAAUACAAAGUGGCUU